AAACUAUAUAAGAUUAGAUUAAUCUAAUCUAACCUAAUCUUUGCUUUUGAGUUAAAUCAAAGAUUAGGGUUAAAUCUUUGUUUGUAAACGUGCUGUGCAAAGAUUAGUGUUGUGGUUAUUAAGCACACGUGUUAUUGAACCUGUUUAUCAAAGAUUAAUAUUAAUUUGCUGUUCUUUUCAAGAUGAGUCGUGGUUCAUAUUGUUUGGUAUUAACCUGCCCGAACAAUAAAAAUAAAAACCCAAAGCUCGCGUUUUUUACAUUACCGAAGGACAUGAAAAUUGCCAAAAGUUGGAUCGAAUUCUCUGGACGCAAAGAUCUUGGGGACCUGGGUGCUUCGAAAGACUAUAGAAUGUGUAGUGAGCAUUUUACAGAAAACCAGUUCAAAUGUAUAUAUCCACGGACAUUGCUUUGGCGUGGAAGUAUUCCUCAUGUGAAUGGACCUAAAUCAGAUGUUCUUCCUGAAUCAGAGUCUAAGAUGAUCAUCCAUGAAGAAACUGUUCAAACGGAUCAAAACGUACCUCUAUCUGAUAUUGAUGUUACAAUGGAAUCAGAAGGUUUUAUAGAAGCAAGAAGCAGUUCGGCCACCCCCAAACGUAGUGGUAGUAAGCUGAGUCCCUUAACCAACCAGAGAAUUGAAAGAAUGAAGGCUAAAAUCAAUUCUUUGAAGUGCAAAAUAUUUAGGCGUAAAGUUCCCCACUGUUUUUGCAAAUGAAGACCCAUCGAGGCUACCAAUAGAACAAAUAUCUCAAGAUUGAUAUGUGAAUCAAAACGAUACCUUUCCAAAGAUGCUCAUAUUAUUUUUGCUAAUGAGUUGAAAGCAAACUUUGAUAAUAAAUUCAACAGAAGAUAUGAUGAUGACUUGAAAGAAAUGUGCUUGUUAUGGUAUUAUGCUUCACCAAAGGGUUAUAAAGCAUUAUCCAAAUCACUCAACUUACCCACUGUUAGGAGUUUGAGAAAUUGGCAGGCGAAGCUUAAAAUUUCUCCUGGUAUAAGUCCAGCCAUAGAGGAAUCGCUCAAAAUUCAUUUUAAAAAUUGCACAGACCAAAAAAGAAAAAUUUGCAUAUUGAUUUUUGACGAAAUUUCUCUUAGUGAAGAGAUUCAUUAUAAUAGGGCGACAG